UCAUGCGUAGGCUGUCUUAUUAGUGUGUAGAGGGUGCCUCAUCCGUAGGCUAGGCCUAGGGCCUAAGGAAAAAAUCGAAGGCCUCAUCCCAUUAUACUUCUAGACAGUAUUGAGUAGGCCUAACUAGAUCUAGAUCUAGAUCUAAAAUUAGGUCUUGUGUUGGAUCGGCUGAGCAGAGUUAGAUAAUAUUCAAUUAAUUCAAGUACUAGUUCAUGAUCUAGAUCUAGAUCACUUGCUAUACAAGAUGUGUGAAAAAACAGCAGCUACAUAUGAAAUGGUAGUCAAGCAGGAAACUUCAAAUGACAUCCAACUUUCUGCAGUUGCUGACUUCAGUCCUUAUACUACUUAUAGUUUACUUGAAGUUUUAAAUAGUGCAGACUCUACCUCUCUUCAUUCGUCAACUGAAUAUACCCAACCACACUUUAAACCAGCACCUCUCACAGAUGUUAAUUUUUUAAUUGACAAUUUCCAUCAAGUAAAAACUGAGAUUUGUGACGAUUUAACUGAGCUGAAGCAGAUGCAUGCUGAAUUGAUUGAUAAUUUAUCUAUUGCCUCUGGUCAAUCAAUUCAAGAUAAAAAUGUAAAAGUUGUUACAGAAAGUUUUCUUGAGAAAUUUGAAAGACAUCAGCCAGUAGACAAAAUUAAAGUGAAUACGAACAUAAAUAAUUUGCAAAGUGAUUGUAAUACACAGAAAAAAACAAUCAAACCAGGAGAAAUAUGGGAAAUGUGUAGCUUGAAGUUUAUGUUUAAAGAAAAAAAAUUAUGCAGACCUAAAAAUGUUGAGCUGGAUAGGAAUCCACAUGGUUACAAAGUAUGUGUAGUUAAGUUGUUGCUGGGCAAUCGUCCAGAAAAACGUAAGAAAAAUCACUCAAGUGGAAAAUAUCAAGAGUGUGAUGUGUGUCAUAAGAAAUUUACUCUAAAGGUUAAUUUAGAACUGCAUAAAAAGUUUUCCUGUGUGAAAAAAACAGAGUUGUCUGAUAAGUGCCCAAAAAAGGAUAUUACUCAAAAACAAUUAACCUUGCAUAAAAAGGUAGAUCCCAAAGAAAAAUUAGAGUGUGAUGUAUGUCAGAAGAAAUUUUCUUAUAAGAGCCAUUUAACUAUUCAUCAAAAUAGUCAUACUGAAAAAAACCCACAUCAGUGUGAAGUAUUUCCUAAAACUUUUUCUCAUAGUACUUCAAAACAAGAUAAAAAAUUACACAAUAAAGUUAAUACAGGUAAAACAUAUUUGUGUAAAGAUUGUCCAAAAAUGUAUUGUAGUGAAGAAUUAUCAAUCAUGCAUAAAAAGGUGCAUAAUAAAUAUGAGUGUGAUGAAUGUCACAAAGGGUUUUGUCACAAGCACAAAUUAAAUAGUCAUAAGAAAAUUAAUCCUGUAGAAAAGCCAAAUGAGUUUGAUGUAUGUCAUAAAAGUAUUAAUCAAAGUUGUACUUUGGAACAACAUAAAAAAGUAGGCCUACACUUAGGAGAGAUGACACAUGGCUGUAAAAUGUUUCAUGAACAGUCCAUUGAACAAGUCCAUUCAACACAAGAAGAAAGAAAAUCAAUUGGUUGUGAUGAGGGACAAACAAAGCUUUAUCUGUGUGCUUAUUCAGAAGAACUGGAGAAAAAUUAUUUGAGAGAAAAGGCUCAUGAAUGUAAUGUAUGUCAAAAAAAGUUUACUUCAAGUCAAAGUUUAGCAGAACAUACAAAAUUACACAGUGAAGAUAAAACUUAUUUAUGUAAUGAGUGUCCAAAAAUGUAUUUUAGUAAAGAACUAUUAAUGAGACAUAAAAAAGUACAUUCCAAAGAUAAAUUUGAGUGUCAUUUAUGUCAUAAAAAGUUUCCUGAUAAGUACAGAUUACAUAGUCAUAAAAAAACUCAUACUGAUACAAAACCAUAUGAAUGUGUUGUAUGUUGUAAAAAGUUUACUUUAAGUAGUACUUUAAAACAGCAUACAAAAAUACAUGCACCCUAUAGGGUAAAGGAAUAUGAUUGUGACAUUUGUAACAAGAGUUUUUUCACAAAUGGUCAUUUAACACAUCAUAAAAAACUACACUCAGGAGAAAAAGCUUUUCUAUGUGAUAAGUGCUCAAAAAUGUAUUUUACUCUAAAUCAAUUAAAUGUGCAUAUAAAGGUCCAUUCCAAAAGAUAUGAGUGUAACGUUUGUAAAAAAAAAUUUGCCUACAGGGACAAAUUGAAUAUUCAUGAAAGAAUUCAUACAGGAGAGAAACCACAUGAGUGUGAUGUAUGUGGUAGAAAGUUUUUACGAGCUGAUUACUUAAAAAAACAUAAACAUCUUCACACACGUGUGUGAUGUGCAUAAUAAAAGAUUUCUACACAUCAACUCCUAUUAGAACUCAGUGUAAACAAAAGUUGGAUCCCAUGCUUGCGUCUAUAGUCGGUGACUGAGUCUACUCAGCUUUGAUAGGUACCUGACUCACCUUGGAUAAAGUAACCAGCUAGUCAUAGUGCUUGCCAAACUAUCACUUUAUAUGUGGUGGUCACAGAAACAUGUGAAAAAGAGUACUUUUACUUUCGAUAAGCCAAUGUUUUGAAAAGCGAUUUAUACAUUUCUGAAUGAAAUUUUAUGUAAGCAUGAGUCUUAAAAUGUUUUGUUUAGAAAUAAAAAUAUGAGCCUGGCUUGUAAUUUUUAAUAAACCUAAAUGUAAUUGAUUUUUUCACUCCCCAAUCUAUACUAAUUUUAUUUCAUUUCUAUUACACUCACAAUUCAUUUAUUUGUAAGGAAUUGUAUCCAUUAAAAACAUUUCUUUGCAAAACUUUGAUGUAUGUGUUUUUUUAUGACAAACUGUAUUAUUGAGUUUUAUGUUUUAAAAUGUAGCUAUUUCUUGCUAUCACAAAAAAAAAUGAU